CGUGGGUGGGGGAGGCUCACUUGGAUCCCAAACCCACUGGAGCAACCAGUGAUUAUAAGGAACAAGGCAGAAAGUUCUGGAGUUGUACAACUCAGGCAGGAGUAAAACAAAACACGCUGAACGCAGCAGGAGGAAUAAAAGGAAUAUUAAAGGGAUCCCUCUCAACACCGCAAGACUGUUGUAAACAGUGACGGAAGCCACAUGGAUUGAUCUUCUUUUGUCUUUGGAAAACUACAGACAAGAAGUGGACAGAGUCUCCUUAUCACUGGCAGGACAUCACAACAGUGAAGUGGUUGCUGCGGUAUAGAGUUAUUGACAGACGAGUCGAGUCAUGUCGGGCCGAGUGUUUCCCGUCCUUCUCCUCUCAUUGUGUCUGACGGUGGGUUCGGUCCAGAGCCAGGGUUCCCCCCAGGAUACCUUCAUAAUCCAGUACCUGGAGCGGAGGUUGGCUCAGAUGGAGGAGCGUCUGAAUCUAUGUGAGCAAAACACCGUGAGCUUCACCCAGAAGACCUAUGACCUCUCCUCUGACAUCAGGGGUUUCAUGUCUUCUCUCAGCGUUCUGAGGUCGGAGGUGAAGAGCCAGGUGGACGGCGUGUCGGUGCGCGUGGAGCGGGUGGAGAGGGAGUUGGAGUAUCUGGAAAACAAGAUCCCGGCCCAGUCGGACAUCGAGAUGGAGGAGACUCUGCUGGAGCAACAGAUAAAGGCUGCAGAGCUGGACCUGCUGAAGAAGAAAGCCAAGAUCAAAGUGGAGCAUGACUGCAGCACGGCCCUGAGUCAGAUCAAGUCUCUGAAGAUCGUGACGAAGGCAGGAGACACCCAGGGUUCCUGGUUCAAGGACCCGUCAGAACAAUCGGCUAAGGUCUACCUGCUCAGUGGAGUUCGUAACAACACUCUGCUGGAGUACGUUUCCCUGCAAAGCUUCACGGAGCGGACCAGCACCUCCUCCGCGAAGGUGGUGCGGCUGCCCUUCCAGUGGCAGGGGACAGGUCAUGUGGUCUACAAUGGAUUCCUCUACUACCACAAGGCAGAAACACCCAACCAGAUACUGAAGGUAGACCUGUUGAACGGUACACUGGUGGACAGCACUCUCCUUCCAGGAGCCGGUCGGAUCCCGGUCUACAGUCUGAACCCCGACACUUACCUGGACCUGGCUGUGGAUGAACUCGGCCUCUGGGUCAUCCACGCCGACCCUGAGUACGGAGGAAACCUGGUCAUUACCAAACUGGAUAAAGGGAGUUUGGCAGUGGAAUAUACCUGGGAUACGCAAUGUAAAAGUCGCGAUGCUGAAGGAGCCUUUCUAAUAUGUGGGACCCUCUAUGUGGUCUACAACACACGCUACGGAGGACGCUCCACCAUACAGUGUCUCUACGACAUCCACGACACCAUCCACAGCGACGAGAGUCCAGUGAUGUUCUUCCCAAAGCGCUACACCAGCCACAGCAGCAUCCACUACCACCCCGGGGACAAACAGCUGUACGCCUGGGACGACGGCUACCAGACGAUAUACAAAGUGGAGACGCGCAGGAACGACCAAGUCGCUGCUGAAUGAAGAUAAUCCACAGUGGUCAUCAUUAAUAAAAACACCUGCAUUCACGAAAAUGAUUCAAAAAAUGAUGCUUAUAAUCUACUGUUUUCUUUUUUUGUGUGUGAUCCUUUGCUGGCAAUGGAUGCUGCCUCCAUCACUGUUAAUCUUUAUAAAGAUUGUGUCCAACCAAAUGCUUUUUAUAGGUAGACUUUAUACUUUUUAUCACCAUAAUAAAGAGCACUCAAGUUC